CGGACCACGUUUAACGCAAGAAGGAAAAGGCGAAGAAGGAGCAGAGCGUCUCUCACUAUCGCCGAGAUGAAAAAAAGGGUCGGAACGAAGAACAGAAGCGGCGCUAAAAGCAUACUCAACCUAUGGCAAAGAGAGGUGGGCGACCUCGCCCCCAAAUCCUUCUCCAACCUCGCUAGGGCAUCCGAGGAUCUUGUAUUGCGCUUAGGAAUCACUAAGAAGCUCAAAAAGCAUAGAGGCUGCGUAAAUGCUCUUAGCUUUAGUACAGAUGGUGAUAUUCUUGUGUCGGGAUCGGAUGAUAGAAUGGUGAUUAUGUGGAAUUGGGAAGACGGACUAAUGAAGUCGUCAUUCCAUUCUGCACACUUUGGUAAUGUAUUUCAAGCACGGUUCAUGCCUUAUACUGAUGACCGGACAAUGAUUACAUGUGCUGCUGAUGGGGAGGUACGCGGGCACAUCUUAAUGGAAGAUGGCUCGGCAUCUACGAAAAUGCUUGCUAAGCAUGCGGGCCCAGCUCACAAGAUUGCUAUUGAGCCAGGAAGUCCAUGCAACUUUUAUAGUUGUGGAGAAGAUGGUGCAGUAAUGCACUUUGAUCUGAGGAAAAAACAUGUUGCGAAAAAACUAUUCGUAUGCAGAUGUCUUGAAGAUGUAACAAAUAAUGCUCCCAUUGUUCGGUUGCGUGCCAUCGCAAUAGAUCCAAGAGACCCUAAUGUUUUUGCGGUCGCGGGAAGUGACGAAAAGGUUCGAAUCUACGACAUUCGCAAGUAUACACCAAAUUCUGGUUGCCCGACUUAUCACUUUUCUCCUCCCGAUGGUGGAAGUGCAGAGAUAACCGGUUUGGCUUUCUCCGACGCUAACGAGCUCCUAGUCUCUUACUUUGGUGAUUCUAUUCAUCUUUUCUUAAGGGAUCAACUACAAGAUAAUUAUAUCGUCCAUCAGGUCUAUAAAGGGCAUACAAACAUGGAAACAGUGAAGGGCGUGAGCUUCUUGGGCCCCAACUGUGAGUAUGUUGCCAGUGGAUCGGAUUGUGGUCGUGCUUUUAUUUGGAGAAAGCGCGAUGGGGUGCUCUUGCGCGCAAUGGAAGGAGAUAAGAGUGUGGUGAACUGUAUCGAACCCCAUCCUUUUGCUUCUAUGAUUGCAACUAGUGGGAUAGAGAGUAACAUCAAAAUUUGGACUCCUAAUUUAACUGAACCAGCUUCACCGGUAAAUUUGGAUGAGGUGGCUGAGGUUGGAAUUGUCAACUGGAUUGCAUUUGAUGAUAGUGAUACCGACGAUGACAUUUUCUGGGUAGCUGAUAAUUAUGCCGAUGACGAAUUCGAUACCGACAUGUAUAGUGAUGAUGACGACGAUGAUGAGGACGACGAUGAUGAUGAAGAUGAUGGUGAUGAUAGUUUCGAUGAUGAAGAUGAUGAGAGCAUUUAUGAUGAUGAUGCCGAUUGCAAUGAUGACCAACAAGAUAAUAACAAUGGCAGCGACAAUGGUGGUGGUAACUGCGACAAUGAUAAUCCUGAUGACAUUAGUCGAGAUGACUUCAGAGCUGCUUGACAUAGCAAGGUCUGUCAAAAGUUUGCAAAUGUGAAAUAAUUUACAAUAAAGAACAAUGCCCUACAUUUAAGGUCUAUAUACAGAAUUCUUGAGAAUUUUAGGUACCUCAACGACCGUUCGGCAUUGCUCUGCCUCUCAAGUAGAAUGAUAUACUUCUAAGCUUUCGUACACCGUAGGAACAAUAUGAUUGAUCACCUUUUUUCUUUAAUGUAGGGUUUCUUUAUUUGUUUUUAUACCAUUCUUCUGGUUGAUGUACAAAGCUGUUUCGGUUGUUUAUUCAAAUGCUUUUUUUUGAUUCAUACAGUUUGUAGAUUGAAGGGUUGGUUUGUAAUCUUGCGAAGAUGAGAUAAAAUUUUGAACAAAGUGAAAAAAUUAUGCAGA